AUGGAAUCCAGGAUGAGAAAACGAGGAUCCCAGCAAAUUGAGAGCACUGGGUCUAGUGUCUUUAUCUCUGACGAUUCGACCCUGCUGCAGAAAACCAAGACGCGAGUACUGCUUCUCUUUGAGGAACUCCCAGAGUGGGCAAAGGAUAAUGAGUAUAUUCUCUCCGGUUGGAGACCUGAGACAAAUUCCUACUGGGAAUGCUUCAAGAGCAUGGGAUAUAUCCACAACGAAUCAGGCAACAUAUACACUCAUUUCUUCGCAACCGUAUGGAUGGUUAUUUUAGGGUCAUGGUGGAAUGGAUAUGCAAACGAGUGGUAUCCAGCUACCAAUUCUGAUGAUGCCAUUAUUUUUUGUCUUUUCUUUCUAGGCGGAACUGCCUGUUACAUUCUUUCAACAGUUUACCAUCUAUUUUCAAACCAUUCGCAUGCAACUUAUCUCCUUUGCUUGAAGCUUGACUUCCUCGGAAUCCUUGUUGUCAUUGCAGGGAGUUUUCCACCAGGACUCUGGUACACUUUUCCAUGCGCUUCACGCCAAUUGAAAUUUACAUGGAUUGCGGUUGACCUUAUCGCUCAAUUCUGCGCCGCCUUGCUAGCUCUUUUCUCGAAAUCCUUCCAGGCUCCCAAAAUGCGACCCCUCCGUGGAUUAGUAUUUUCUUCUAUGGCAUCUUCGGCAUUUUAUCCUAUUAUUAUAAAGAUUUCGCAAGUCGGCUGGACGCAGGCGAACUCUGAGUACGGAGCUUCGUUGUACGGCUUUGCUAUUAUCAUCUAUUUAUGCUCUGUAACAAUUUAUGCACUGCGAGUUACAGAGGGCUGGAAACCUGGAUACUUUGACAUUUGGGGCCAUUCCCAUCAGCUAUUUCAUGUAGGUAUAACAAUUGGCCUUACAGUACAUUUCUUGGCCUUCUUCAGGGCCGUUGAUCAAUUUUACAUUGUUAAGCAUGGCCAAUGCCCAGAUUAA